UCUCUCUCUAGGAUUUCCCCAGAGUCAAUUAAUCUGUGUCACUAAGAGACACUGAGAUUUGCUUCUCCAGCAGGCUAAAAUAUUUCCCCCUCCCCGAUCAUCCCUCUGCAUUUUCAUGAGCCACUUCCAAACCUACGAACUUGUCCUUUCCCAGGAGAGUAACCUUCCCCUGAACCUGAUCCCAGCACCGGGCAGCCGGAAGAGUUUAGAUUAAGGAUUGCUUUUAAACCUAAAUAUGACAGUUGCUACUGGAGACCCCACAGAUGAAGCGGCAGCUUUGGCAGGUCAUCCUCAGGACACCUAUAACCCUGAAACCGAUCAUGAAUGCUGUGAGAGGGUGGUCAUUAACAUCUCGGGGCUGCGGUUUGAAACACAACUCAAGACGCUAGCUCAGUUUCCAGAGACCUUGCUAGGGGACCCUAAAAAGAGAAUGAGAUAUUUCGAUCCUCUCCGGAAUGAAUAUUUCUUUGACCGAAACAGACCCAGCUUUGAUGCUAUUUUGUACUACUACCAAUCGGGUGGCAGGUUAAGGAGGCCUGUCAACGUGCCCUUAGACAUCUUCUCGGAGGAGAUCAGGUUUUAUGAACUCGGGGAAGAAGCCAUGGAGAUGUUCCGAGAGGAUGAAGGAUACAUUAAGGAAGAAGAAAGGCCUUUACCGGAGAACGAAUUUCAGAGACAAGUGUGGCUGCUCUUUGAGUAUCCAGAAAGCUCAGGGCCCGCCAGGAUUAUAGCUAUUGUCUCUGUCAUGGUGAUUCUAAUCUCCAUUGUGAGCUUUUGCCUGGAAACACUGCCUGUUUUUCGGGAUGACGAAGACCUGCAUGGUGGUGGGAUGAGCCAUCACCCCUACUCCAACAGUACCAUGAGCUAUCAGCAGUCGACCUCUUUCACAGACCCUUUCUUUAUAGUAGAGACCCUUUGCAUCAUUUGGUUCUCCUUCGAGUUCUUGGUAAGGUUUUUCGCCUGCCCCAGCAAGGCUGGGUUUUUUACCAACAUCAUGAACAUUAUUGACAUUGUAGCUAUCAUCCCGUAUUUCAUCACUCUAGGGACCGAACUGGCUGAGAAACCAGAGGAUGGCCAGCAAGGCCAACAGGCCAUGUCUCUGGCCAUCCUUCGAGUCAUCCGCUUGGUGAGAGUUUUUAGGAUCUUCAAACUGUCCAGGCACUCCAAAGGGCUGCAGAUCCUGGGGCAGACACUCAAGGCCAGCAUGAGGGAACUAGGUCUCUUGAUAUUUUUCCUCUUCAUUGGCGUCAUCCUCUUCUCCAGCGCCGUCUACUUCGCAGAGGCUGAUGAGAGCGAGUCUCAGUUUCCCAGCAUCCCAGAUGCGUUCUGGUGGGCUGUGGUUUCCAUGACCACAGUUGGCUAUGGAGACAUGGUCCCCACGACCAUCGGUGGGAAAAUAGUGGGCUCCUUAUGCGCCAUUGCAGGUGUAUUAACGAUUGCCUUACCAGUACCAGUCAUAGUGUCCAACUUCAACUACUUCUAUCACCGCGAGACGGAAGGAGAGGAGCAAGCCCAAUAUUUGCAAGUGACCAGCUGCCCAAAGAUCCCUUCUUCCCCUGACCUAAAGAAAAGCAGAAGUGCCUCCACUAUUAGUAAGUCUGAUUAUAUGGAGAUACAGGAAGGUGUAAAUAAUAGUAAUGAGGACUUUAGAGAGGAGAACUUGAAGACAGCCAAUUGCACCGUGGCUAACACAAAUUACGUUAAUAUCACCAAAAUGCUAACUGAUGUGUAGUCCUGAAAACCUGUUAACAUAUUUAAAGCUGAAGUUGAACAAUUGCAGAUAUUGCAUAAUACCCUGCAUUGUAGUUAAAACAGUAUGUUCUACAGCGUGCAUUUGGUUCUGCAUGGGAAGCAAUAGUUGUGUAAGUGACUUUCUAAACUUCUUAUUUAGACACUGAAUAAGCUUUCUUGCAAAAAUUGUUUUUUUACAUCACAGGUUUAUGGGUUUCCAGAGACAUAGAGCAUGUAGGCAUUCAAAACA